CGUGCCAGUCCUGUGCUGACCCUCACAGAGACAGCAGUCCACUGGCCAGCGAGGACCCCUCCGGACACGUAAGACCCACGAUCGAGUUGCUGGCCCCAGAAUAGACGCCGCUUUGUUGCGAGCUGUCCCAGAAGAAGGCUGGUCCUCGGUGAACCAUGGCCCAGUACGACCAGCUGGACGAUAAGGACUCUCUGGACAUCCAUGACAACCCGCCAGCUCCGGACAACGUGGUGAAAGAGGAGGACAACACGGUGUACUUCAUCUACGACGAAGAGGUUGAGGAAGAGGAGAAGGAGGAGCCCCCCCCCGCCGAGCCGGUGAAGCCGGUGAACGACAAGCCGCACAAGUUUAAGGACCACUACUGCAAGAAGCCCAAGUUCUGCGACGUGUGCGCGCGCAUGAUCGUCCUCAAUAACAAAUUUGCUCUGAGAUGUAAGAACUGCAAGACCAACAUCCACCACCAGUGCCAGUCCUAUGUGGAGUUCCAGAGGUGCUUCGGGAAGAUCCCUCCUGGUUUCAGACGGGCCUACAGCUCUCCUCUCUAUAGCAGCCAGCAGAAUGCCACCGUGAAAGAGCUGCUGCCAUUCUCCCAGUCCAACCGCACGGACCCUGUGUUCGAGACGCUGCGCAUCGGGGUCAUCAUGGCCAACAAGGAGCGCAAGAAGGGCUCGGAGGACAAGAAGAACAUGAUGAUGAUGAUGAUGGAGGAGGAGGAAGCCCAGCAGCCCAAAUCAGAGGAAGGGGGUGGGGAGGGCGCAAACCCGGAAGGGGAUAAGAAAGGAGACAAAACGACAGCAGAUGACAAGAGUAAGAAGCCUCAGCCUGGGAAGCUUGGCGUGUUUUCUCAGUCCCAUUACUAUCUGGCUCUGUACCGCUUCAAGGCCGUAGAGAAAGACGACCUGGAGCUCCAUCCUGGAGACAGGAUCACAGUGAUUGAUGACUCUAAUGAGGAGUGGUGGAGGGGCAAAAUCGGGGAGAAGACCGGCUUCCUGCCCGCCAACUACAUCAUCCGCGUGCGCGCGGGCGAGAGGGUGUACAAGGUCACGCGCUCCUUCGUGGGAAACCGGGAGAUGGGGCAGAUCACGCUCAAGAAAGACCAGAUCGUUGUGAAAAAGGGGGAGGAGGUGAAUGGGUAUCUGAAAGUCAGCACCGGGCGGAAGCUGGGUUUCUUUCCCGCCAACCUGCUGCAAGAGAUCUGACCCCCCUGGACUGGAACCAAAACCUGAACCUGAACCUCUGACCCCCUGGACUGGAACCAAAACCUGAACCUGAACCUCUGACCCCUGGACUGGAAC